GUUGGGCCGGGCAGAAUGGCUCCUGCAAAGAAGGGUGUUGAGAAGAAGAAGGGCCAUUCUGCCAUCAAUGAGGUGGUGACCCAAGAAGACACCAUCAACAUUCACAAGCACAUCCGUGGCUUGGGCUUCAAGAAGCGAGCUCCUCGGGCACUCAAAGAAAUCCGGAAAUUUGCCAUGAAGGAGAUGGGGACUCCAGAUGUGCGCAUUGAUACCAGGCUCAAUAAAGCCCUCUGGGCCAAAGGAAUACGGAAUGUUCCAUACUGUAUCUGUGUAGGUUUGUCCAGAAAUCGUAACGAGGAUGAGGACUCACCAAACAAGCUGUACACAUUGGUAACCUACAUGCCUGUUACCACAUUCAAAAAUCUACAGUCAAUGUGGCUGAGAACUAACCAAAUAAAGUUGGAGAACUGCCAAAAAAAUUAUCAACUCAUAUUUUUCUUUCUCUGCUUCAUGCUUACAAAUGAGGAAGUGAGCCCUCGGCUUCCUGCUUAA